AUGGUGACAGUUUCCCGUUCUCAUUCGACUCAAAAGAAUGCGAAUCACAAAGUGAGACGGCACUCACUGGGCCCCUGUUGUCGAGCGCCGCUCGGUCGACAACUCUCAAUCCCCUAUGGCUUUGCGGCGGUGAAGGAUUCGGCGCCCGGGGCACCCAAGUGCGACUAUUUGUGCAUUGAGGGUCCAUCAAGCUCUCUUCAAUCACCAAUCGUUUUUGAAAAAGUCCGUCGCGGUUCCCGGUCUUCCACCUCCAAUUCUUCAUAUUCUCUUUUUCACUCAUCCGCUGGCCCGAUUCUUUCCACUGUUGGCGCCACUCUUUCAGCUGAUGCUCCGCGCUGGAUGGGACGAGGAGCAAUGCGGGUAGUUGUUGUCGGCGCAAAGCGUUGCGGAAAAACAUCGAUCCUUCGACAAGUGGCUUGUCUCGAGGAUGCCACGAAAAUGCCAUACAUGCCGACUUUAGAUGACACUUAUCAAGUGUUAUUAGAAGAAGCGGAUCGACCCAGAGAAAUCCUUGUCUUCCACGAUACAGCCGGCAUCCCAGAGUAUGGGCCGAUCGAGUUGAGAAGGCCAUAUAUACAAGUCGCUGAUGCAUUCGUUUUGGUUUAUUCCGUCAAUGAUCAUGAGUCGUUCAAUCGAAUGGAUUUACUCAAGAAAUUCAUCGAGAAACAAUUCGGAAAAGAGAAGAAAGAGGUUCCAAUCGUCGUUUUGGGUACAAUGUGCGAUUUGCCUGGGCGAAAAGUCGAUGCUGAAUUCGCGCAAGCUUGGGCACAAAGGGAAAGGGUGCGCCUCUUCGAGGUGACGUCAACCGAUCGGAGCACGCUCGUCGAUUUCGUUCAAUACCUUGGACAAAGGCAUUUCCAUCCGCAAAAAGAUUCUCUGAAGUUUUCGCUCUCGAAAAAGCUCAAAUCGGAAAAGUCGAAUCCGGCGAUAUUGAUGGAUUUC